UUUUCGCCCAAUUUGCGCUACCCCAACGUUGGCAACAGCGAAGACAUCUCGUGGGGAAGGAACUAUCGCAGGCGAGUCAGACAAGUAUGGAUGCCGGUCGGAAGAAGUUUGUAGUGAAGCCCUUCCGCAACAACAUUGGCAUGGACGUGAACAAAGCCAAGGAGACAUGGCAGUCCCUUCGAAGUGCGAUCGGAGAAAUCCACGGACACAAUGCGUCCCUUCUGUCAUUUGAAGAGCUCUACCGGAAUUCGUACAACAUGGUGUUGCACAAACAUGGGGACAUGUUGUACUCGGGGGUGGUCGAGUGUAUUACAGAGCACCUGGUUCAGAUGGCCGAUCGCGUGAUCAAAGCGACGGACGACACGUUGAUGACCCAGCUCUUCGCGGCGUGGACGGACCACACCAUCACGAUGACCAUGAUUCGGGACAUCUUGAUGUAUAUGGACCGCACGUACGUGUCCCAGAAGCGCAAGAUGCUGAUCUACGACAUGGGGUUGGUUCUGUUUCUCGAGUCGAUUGCGCGGCACCCCCAGGUGAAGGAUCGAUUGAAGUGGCACCUGCUGGCGAACAUCGACCUCGAGCGCAACGGCGAACUGAUUGACCGCGGUGUGAUGAAGGACAUCUUGGGCAUGCUCGUAGACUUGGGUGUGCGGUCGAACAGCGUGUAUGAAGAAGACUUUGAAAACGAGUUUUUGAGCACCACCGCAGCCUUCUACAACGCCGAGGCGCAGCGCUUGCUCGAUCAAAACACAUGCCCCGACUUCAUGGAGAAGGCGGACCGUCGACUCACGGAGGAGCACCAUCGUGUGAUGCAGUACCUCAACUCGUCCACGGAGCUUAAGCUCAAGGCCAUCGUCGAGAGGGAGCUGAUUGCCAAUCACGCCAAGGCGCUCGUUGACAUGGAAGGCUCGGGGUGCGUCGCCAUGUUUCGCGACGACAAAGUUGCAGAUUUGCGACGCAUGUACGUGCUAUUCAAACGCGUGCCCGCGACGCUGGACGACAUUGGGACCGCCGUGACCACGUACAUCAAGACGACUGGAUUGGACCUGGUUCAAGCGCAGCUCAACUUGCAGCAAACGCAGUCGAGUUCGACCGAGUCGGCGCUUCAGUUUGUGAACGCGCUGCUGACCCUCCAGGACAAAUUCAUGGGGUUUUUGACGUCGUGUUGGGCCGACGACAAGGCGUUUCACAAGUGCAUUCAGCGCGGGUUUGAAGCGUUUAUGAACACGUCGCGGCUGUGUGCGUACACGUUGGCGCAGUACGUGGACGACUUGCUCAAGUCCAAGUCACGCUUUGAAGCUGAUUUGGAGCGUCAAGCCGACAAAGUGGUCGGAUUGUUCCGGUACUUGAGUGACAAGGACGUCUUUGAAGAGUUUUACAAGCGGUUUCUGGCCAAGCGACUGCUGCACGCGAAGGGGUCGACGGACGAGGGCGAGAAGAUGGUGAUCGCCAAGCUCAAGGCCGAGUGCGGGUACCAGUUCACGUCCAAGCUGGAAGGGAUGUUCAAGGACAUGGCGAUGACCAAGGACCUCAUGGACGGGUUCAAGAAGCUGAACCCGCUGCUCAGUGUGCAGGUGCUGACGAUGGGGUACUGGCCCACGGAAACGUCGAGCGCCGCGAGUCACUUGCCGCCGGGCGUGCGGAGUUGGGUCCAACGCUUUGAAACGUUUUACUUUGGAAGGCACAACGGGCGCAAGCUGACGUGGCUGCACAAUAUGGGCUCGGCCGACAUCAAAGCCACCUUUGGGCACGGUAGGACGAAGCCCAUGGCAAGAGGACGUCACUGACACAUGUUGGGGGACUGGUAGGGGACACGAUGGUGCGCCACGAGCUGACCGUGUCGACGUUCCAAAUGUGCAUCUUGAUGCUGUUCAACGAACGCCCGACUUGGGUGUUUCGAGAGAUCCAGGAGAAAACAGGCAUCGACCCCGUCGACUUACGGCGGCACUUGAUUUCGCUGUGCACGCCCAAGUUUCGCAUCGUGCUCAAGUCGUCCAAGGGCAAGACGAUCGAAGACGACGACGUGUUUACGAUCAACCACGAGUACAAGUCCAAGCUGCACAAGGUCCGCAUCCCCCUCGUAUCGGUGAAGGACAGUCCCGGGAGUGCCGAGUCCAUGGCAGCCCCACCGACGGAGCUGCCGCCGACCGUGGAGGAGGACCGCAAGCAUCUGGUGGAAGCGGCCAUCGUGCGCAUCAUGAAGACCCGCAAGAGCAUGCAGCACAACAACUUGAUGACGGAGGUGACGCGCCAGCUCACGACGCGCUUUGUCCCGAGUCCACAAAUGAUCAAGCGCCGCAUCGAAAGUUUGAUCGAGCGCGAGUACUUGACACGAAACCAGUCGGACCGACGGCUCUAUAACUACGUGGCGUAAUGGAAUGAUGUGCGCCUGAUUGACGCUGUUUUUGCUGCGACUGUGCCCUCAUCAGUAUGUUCGCAUGGGUGGCACGAUCAUGCUCGCAAAUACACGAAAGUAUAAAACCCUCUCGACUACAAAUAUGCAGGCGAGGGGAUUCACGGGCGUUCGUUGUUCAACGUUGGAAUAUCAACAGAUGCGUGCUUAUUAGAGCCAUAGACUCAACUCUUCUACUUCAGUUUGGAUGACUAAAUUUAUAGUUGCCGUGGUAGAUAGAAAAUA